AUGCGACUCUCUCGCCCUCCCCAUAACUACAAAUGCGUAAUGACUUUCAAAGCUGAUCAAUUCCGGAGCAUGAAUUUCAUUUACUGUCGAAAGAAAGCUAAAGAGAAAGAGAUGUCACCGCUACCAUUGGAACGGACUCCAUUUUGCUGCUGGAAGAUUAGAGAAGAGAGAGGCGACGUCGAUUGGUUUGUCGAGGUGGACGAUAUGCAGAUGGAAGUCUUCGCAGCAUACCUUGUAAAAGUGCUUACCAGGAGGGUCGAAAAUAUUGAGAGUCGUCUCCAACUGAACAGGAAAAUGACGUUUUCGGAGAUCCCUUUGGAAUGCCAAGCGUCCAUGAAAAAGGACUUGCACGAGAGAGGGUACAGCACAGAACAAGAAUAUGAAGCAAAAUCAUCCAAGUUUUCUAACCUAGUUUCUCACACGUUCCGAUGGGGAGCUGUAAGUGAGGUGUUUACUGCACGAAGCACCGUCGUGAGGACAAUGAAGCAACAAACCGGGCAGCUCGAACUACAAGGAAACCGUGACGUUUCAACACCUCUCGGGUUCGCUUACUGA